AUGAUCUCCAUCGGCACCCAUCGCCUCUACCUCUCCAUCGGCGGCCCACCCCGCCGCAACUCCCCAGAUCCUAUCGUAGUAUUCAUCGCCGGCGCAGGGGACGUCGCAUCGUCGUACUGCGCCGUUCAACGCCUUGUCGCGUCCUUCUCCCCGCUUGUUCUUUACGAUCGCUCCGGCCUCGGCCGCAGCGAAAUUGAUCCAAACACAGCAAACCCCACGGCCACGUCAGCAGCCGCAGAGUUACACACCUUACUCACCACCGCAAACAUCCCUCCGCCACUUAUCCUGGCCGCUCACUCCUAUGGCGCGAUUAUCGCUAGGGAAUACCUCCAUUUCUACUCGAGCGAUGUCGCGGGGAUGGUUCUCAUGGACGCCGCAACGGAACGAAAUAUCGAGUUAUUCCAGAACCCGGAUUUAGAUCUUAAUGCCGUGGUUGGUAAUCUGAAGUUUGCUGAGGUCACGGGUCUGCGUGCUGCCGCUCAGCUCUCGCGGGGGGAAUGGAGGGUCAGAGCGAUGGACAUUGCGCGGGGAAUGGCUACUUCGCAGGCUGAAGCGAUGAUGCGGGAGGAGGUUUGUCGUGCGCUUGCCGAGAAAGAGCAGUUGAAGAAGCAGGCGCUGGGGGAUCGGCCUUUGAGCGUGAUUCGGUGUAAUGGGUUGAGGGACUACCAGAGACUCUAUGAGAAGGCUGUCGAGGCUGGGAAUGGGACGGAGGCUCAGCGAGCGGCGUUCCGUGAGCUACUGGAGAAAUGGGAUGGGAUGGAUGAUGAGAUGCAGGGAGAGCAGUUGAGAUUGUCUAGACGGAGUCGGAUGGUUCAUUUACCGGACUGUGGGCAUAAUGUGCAUUUGAUUCGACCGGACGUUGUUGCGGAGGAGAUUCGAUGGGUAAGAGAGCAGAUCUUAGGUCCAAAGAUAGACUCUUCACUUUGA